AUGUCGCGGCGGGUUAUUAUUUUCAGUAGCCUUCUGUGGGUGCUGACUGAGGCGGGAGCACCUUGUGGCCCCCAGUUGGAGUGUGUGCCCCAAGGUCUUUGUAAGUUAAGCUCCUGGAUUCCAAAUACUUCUCAAUCGCCCUGCCAGCGAUGGGAAACCUGCUGCCACAGUUCUCAAGUGUUAACUGUCGGCGCCCCUUUAAACUGUGGCCACAGUAAUCCCAAUGGACUGGAUAAUACCGCGCAAGUUUCUCCUAAUCAGGCAAAACCCAAUGAAUUUCCCUGGAUUGUGGCGCUGAUGGAAAAAACGGUGCAUUUCUUUGGAGCCGGAACUCUGGUCACCGAAAAUGUCGUGAUAACUGCUGCCCAUCUGAUGGAGCAUAGGACAGUGAAUGAUUUUGUGAUUGCCGGUGCAGCUUGGGACUUGAGUCAACUGUUUAGACCCGAGGUGGUAUCGCGAUCGCCGGCUAGGAUUAUAGCGCAUCCCGGAUUUAGUAACAUUACCGGGGCCAACAACAUAGCGUUGAUCAUACUCGCCGCCUCGUUUGAGAUGAAACCCCACAUCGGAACCAUCUGCUGGCCCACUCCGGGGAUCUACUUCGAUCGGGAUCGCUGCAUAGUGGCCGGUUGGGGAGUUCUUAAUCCUCUGGUUCCAAAUUAUACCAAUCGUCAGAAGAAAAUUGAGCUGCCCAUCGUGAGCAAGGAUGUGUGCGAGGCCCAAUUGCGAAGGACGAAGCUGGGCUGGGACUACCAGCUGGAUCCCAGUUUGAUCUGCGCGGGUGGAGAGAGGGGUCGAGAUGCCUGCCAAGGGGACGGUGGAUCCCCGCUAAUGUGUCCCAUUCCCGGUCACCCGGCGAUCUUCGAGUUCGUCGGCAUUGUCAACGGCGGCCUGUCGUGCGGAGAGGAGAAUGUGCCCGCCCUCUACACGAAUAUUAUGCAAAUGAAACCCUGGAUCGAAAAACAUCUAAAUGACGAACUCAACAAACCGUAUAAGUCAUUUCCCAUAUAUAAUAUAGACUACAAUUAGAAUGAAAGGCAAGUCACAGGUGGAAAGGUAUUUUAAAUUAUUAUUAUAUAGCUAUGAUCUGAAGUCUUGCAGUCGAAGUUAUAAAGAUUCCGAUUUAG